AUGGGAAGUUACCAGACGAAACGGGUCCGCGAGGAUCUCAUGAAGCUAGCCUUUGGGCCCAUAGCUAGGCGCAACGACAACCUCUCCCAGAGCCUCCAUAGCAUGUCCCUAAGCCGGGACGUAGGCGCUCCUGUGGCCGUGGGUGCAGAGGACUUGGGGUUCAAGAAGCGUCACGACAUGCUGGGCCUUCGCGUCGAUCUCGAGAAAGCACGACAGAGGGGCAAAAAAGAGAUCCGUUUGAUCAAAGCGCAGAUUAAGAAUCUCAUUAAGACCCUAUCCCAUCUGAAACUGCAAGAGAAGAUGGUAGCGUAUUUCGAACAUAGGGCCUGGAUCGAUACGAUGAGGCCUCAAUUGAUCCUCAGUGCCUUUGAAGCUACUGGUAUAUGGCCACUCAAUCCACAGAGGAUCCUUGAUCGAUUCCAUCAAUCAACACCAUCUUGUCGAGAUACACCUAAUAGUGAUACCUCAGCCCUCAGCGCGUCUGAUUGGCGUAAAAUCAAUCAACUCCUAAAGGCUGUUGUUGGUGUAGGAGGUGAUAGUCAGGCCAAGAAGCUGAGUCAAACAGUACACCAUAUUACUAUCCAAAAACAGCUCCUAGAUGAGGAGAACAAGCACCUACGAGAAGCCUUGCUCACUAAGAAACGCCGCUCUAAGAAAGGUAGGCCUUUACCCCUUGAUCAGAGCUAUGGUGGAGCAAUAUUCUGGUCUCCUAGCAAAGUACAGAGGGCACGUGAUCUUGAACACCAACUCGAUCAGGUGGAGAAGCAGAAGGAGCGUCAACAAGCUGAUCAGAUAGAGGCCCGUAGGGCUAAUCAACUACUUAAUGCUCGAUUAGCUGAGGAGAGACGUGUUGCUCGAGUAGCUGAUAGAGAGGCGCGUAGGCGCCAGAGGGCUGAUGCGGCUAUACAGAGACGCCUGAUCAACAGGCCCGCAGGGCCCAACAACAACACCAACGAUCGAUCAAGAUAG